AUGCUUUUGAAGAUUGACCCAAAACCUUUUGCACUGAACAUACAAGUCAACACUCCCACAUCAGAAUCCACGGAAGAAGAAAGCAACGAGUUCUACGCAGAAAUCUCCGAACUACUGAAACAUACGAAAUCCCAUGAGUUGAAUCUCAUCAUUGGAGACUUUAAUUCCAAAGUAGGAUCAGGUGCGGUGGAGGGAAUAGUUGGUGAGCAUGGUCUUAGAAUAAGGAACAACAGGGGUGACAAACUCAUUCAAUUCUGCCAACAAGAAAACUUCAAAAUAACGAACACAUGGUUUGGCUACAUCCGAGAAGGCUCUAAACUUGGAAGUGAUAUCAAGAUGGUAAAGCUGGUGCUUAAAAAAAGGUUUGAGUGGUGGUUCUUCAAAAACAAAUGCAAAGAUAUGUCUGAGCAAAAAAAUAUAAGUAGAUACAUAAAAGCGGCUUGCAUAGUGGCACUAGUUUGUUUCCUUGUUUAUGUGUUUAUACUACCAGGUAGUAAAACUAAAAACGAUAAGCAAAUUUUGCGAAAAAUACAACCCGAUUACUCAGAAAUCAAUUACUCGGAUUUCAUGAAUCACUCGCUAAUAAGCGAUGUGGAUUGGACAAAUGAGGAUAUAGAAAAUGAUAUAGAUGAAAUUAAUAAUAGCAUUCCGGAUAACUUUAUAAGUGAUUAUGUGACACUAACAAAAGUAGAUAAUGUCGGUUUGAAUGCAGAUGAUAUGUUGUAUGAAUCGAAACGGAAACAUAAUAAUAAUAAAAAUUUAAAAACAAAAGAUUACUAUUCUGCAUUUAGCAAAACGGGCACAUUUCGAAGCAAAUCUAGUCAGAUUUGGGAUCCACAUCCCGAAUAUAUAUUUAAUGCAUUUGGUCGUAAAUUUCACAUGCUUUUACAUCAGGAUACCUCUUUUAUUCCUCCGAAAACAUUUAGAGUAAUACGUAUUUUAAAUAAUAGAACUGAAGAAGAAGAAGAAGGAGAGGAGCAUUAUCUUGGCUGCUACUAUAAAGGUGUUAUACAAGAUGACAUCCAAUCAACAGUGGCUGUUUCAUUGUGCCAUGGCAUGACUGGUUACAUAAAAACAAGUUUUGGUACGUUACUGAUUCAACCGGUCAACCAAACGAAUGACGAUUCGGCAGACAUUGUACACAAAGUGUGGCGACAUUCAAGUCGGAACGGUAGACAUGCUGUCUCCGGUAAUCUUGACAUGGAUUUAGGAGUGUUAGAGCAACACAUUAACAAAACGCGGUUACGCAAAAAACGAAACUAUGUUGAUCGAAACUUAUUUACAAUGGAAGUAUUAAUUGCAGUUGAUCGCUCUAUGAACGAGUUCCACAAAGAAGACUUACAUUCAUAUAUUUUAACCUUAAUAUCAAUAGUAUCUAAUAUAUUUUCGGAUGCAAGUAUAGGUAAUUCCAUUUACAUAUCAGUUGCCAAGAUUCUGAUAAUACAAGAUGAUUUGAUGAGAAUGAAAACUACUUCUGCUUCUGCGUUGCUAAAGAGCUUUUGUCAUUUCCUUUCAAACGGCAAAUAUCAUUACGAUACAGCAAUGCUAAUAACCCGAAAUCAGAUAUGUCGCAAUGAACGUGCAGCGAUGUGUGACACCCUGGGUUUAGCUGAGUUGGGUACUGUUUGUAAGCGGCACUCCUGCUCAAUUGUACAGGACAAUGGAUUACCAGCUGCUUUUACCAUUGCACAUGAACUAGGUCAUAUUUUAAAUAUGCCGCAUGAUGAUGACGAUCGUUGCAAAAUGUUUAAUAAGCUGGGAACAAAAAGAAAGCAUAUUAUGUCAAGUGUGAUGGGUAAAGAUAUUCACCCUUGGUCCUGGUCGGAUUGUUCACGUUAUUAUGUAUCAGAAUUUCUAGAAAAAGAAGAUACAUCAUGUUUAGAGGAUACACGUACCGUAUCAAUUAAAAAUUACAACACCAAAUUACCUGGUGAGAUAUAUUCAUUGGAUCAGCAAUGUCAGUUAAUAGACGGCAGAGACUAUGUAUUUACAAAUAGAGGAGAUGAAUGCAAGCAAUUGUGGUGCAUCUUUAAAGGGAGUUAUUAUUCAAGUAAUUUACCAUGGGCUGAUGGUACUCCGUGCCGAAACAAUCGUUAUUGGUGCCAAAAAGGUGAAUGCGUUUCUCGUGAGGGAAAUACGCUACAAGUUGUUAAUGGAGGAUGGGGUCAUUGGAGUUCAUUUACACCAUGUAGUUUAACAUGUGGAGGGGGAGUGCAAGAAUCUCAACGUGAGUGCAAUAAUCCACUUCCCAGAAAUGGGGGGAAGUAUUGCGCCGGUAGUCGUAAAAAGUACCGCUCAUGUAAUGCACAAAGUUGUCCUCCCGGUUCUAUGGACUCACGAGAACAGCAAUGUUACGAUAUGAAUGGACGAGAUUUGAGUAUCAAAGGUGUUAGAACACCAGCAAAAUGGAUACCCAAAUAUGGGCUUUCUUUAAAGGAUAAAUGCAAACUGUUUUGCCGUCUCGAAGACAAUAGUGCAUACUUUCAACUUUCUGAUAAGGUAAAAGACGGAACAACAUGUUCCUUUGACAGUUUUGAUAAGUGUGUAAAUGGCAUUUGCCGUCCAGCAGGUUGCGACAAUGAACUUAAUUCGCUCGCCAAACUAGAUAAAUGUGGCGUAUGUGAAGGAAAUAAUGAUACAUGUGAGGAUUAUACCGGAAAUUUUUAUGUGUCUGAUCUGCAUAAACUACAACCAAAAAAAAAUUCACAUUUUUAUUAUGUCACAACAAUACCA